AUCUUUUUUUUUAACCGAAGAGGGAGAUCGAGCUAGCCAAGGCACACAAACUUAGUAUACAUUCAUGUACAUAGUACACCACACCGAUACGGUCGAGACAGGCGUGAGUCAUGACCUACACCUCCGUAAGCGGUCAUACUUAAGCUGUUACGAUGCAAAAUACAAAGAACAUCAGUGUACACGCUUUGCAAACUUCUCUGUAGCCAGGAUACGAGCGGGUGAGAAUGUCACUCCGCACUCACACAAGGAUAUGCAUGAAUUUUUUUUAGUGCAGAGAGGUACCUUGGAUUUAAAGAUAAAUGGUGGAGAAAUGGGGGUGUAUACACUUCAUAGGCACGAUCUGAUACAUAUAGCACCUGGUGAACUGCACGAACUAUCUAAUCCGAAACCACAGAAGGACUCGUACGUAAAGUGGGGUGAGGAAGGUUAUACAGAAACAAUGACCUCGCCACCAUCUGAUAAUGUGCCAAUGUUUGACUAUGAGGACGAUGAUCUCGCUGUGUACUACUUUGGGUUUGUCGAGGAGGAGUUGGGCGGGUCCACUGGUCAGGUGUACAGCAGUCGAGAGCUGAAAAACAGCACCGGAAUCGAGCCACAGACGCCGCGCCUCAAGAGUAUUCGCGUCAUAGAACUUGAUGGCGCCGAACAUUGUAUGAGUAGUAUGGGUAUUGCGAACAGUAUGAAUCUGCGAGAGAUGCACAACUACUUACCGGGCGACGGGACCACUGACUAUUGUGUCGGAGUCGUGCUUUCUGGUAAGGGAGAGAUAGUGUGCAACGAAGAUGGGAAUGAACGACGAGAUUUCAUUGUUCCCGGGUCGCUGUUUGCGUGUUCUCUGAGUGAUGCUUGCGACGCGCACAUCCAAACGACUGAAAAACACGCCAGUCUCAGCGUACUUGCCGUAGUUUGCAGGCGCUGAAGGUUGCGACUUGCCUUUAAAUACUGCCGUAUGGUAGACACAUAGCCAUAUUCAGAUCUGGAUAUGUCUAGAACUCCAACUUCAAAUCAGAACCAUCAUGUGUCGGAUUUGAAAAGUUUGCGAUGAAACUCCAUACCAACACCAACAGCUCUACGUAAAUAUGCCAACUAGGUCGAGAUUUCGGCCGCAGCAUGUACGUACUUUCUUGGGCUCUGUAUAUGCGCUAUUCAGUAUCAAUUCAAAUCGACCAUCGGGUUACCCUGCGCUGAGAGAUAUUGUCGGAACAGCUGAGAAUACACAUGGCCAAGCACUCAAUAGGUUUGCACACUGCGCCGGAAAAAUCCCAAGAAUGUAUGUUCCAACACUAUGUGCAUGUAGCAUCAAACCGGUGGUAUAUAAGAGCAUGCAGUGAUGGUGUGACCACAAAGUAGAUCAUUUCUAUCCGCGGAAGGAUAACGGUGUGCUACUCUUUUGCUUUGUACAAAAGUUCGCGUACAUAUGAGCUCGAGUUAUUUUAGUUAAUAAACUCCGGCAACUCUUCUGUAUUCAAUUUUAUUGCAUCCAAUUUACAAUGUAUCGUAAUGGCUAUGCCUUCAUUCCGAUGGAUGAAUUAUUGUAUGUGUCAUACAGUAAGUAGUACUAAUCAUCACCAUGUCGCUCCAAGAAUUCUAUCGUACUGAGCAGAUGAAUAUCGGAGUCGAUUAGAUUGGGCGUACUUAAUCUAUGGACUAUCAGCU